GGGUAGAAACUAGGUUCAAUAGACCUAACAGAAAUGACGAUGAAGUCUCUGGAAGGCCAUUAGGGAUAAAGAAACAACAAAAGUUACGAUUAGGGAAGAGGAAGAAAGUGAGUAGAACUAAACUUGACAAGAAAGAGUUAGCACAGGCACAUAGAUAUGUGCUUUCUAAUUGUGAUGCAGUUGCUCCAUUUAUAGAAGAAGCAAUGGCUCGAAGAAGAAAGUUAAAUAUUCGACAUCGAGCAAGUGAUAAUGAAGGAAUUCAGUCUACUUCAAAUAAUACAAACUCAACCAAUGUAGAAGGAAGUAAUGUUGCAGAAACUCGUUCUAGUCCUUGUCAUGCAGAAGGUGUCAUACGUGAGUCUGUAGAAUCUCACUCAAUUCCCUCUGAUAUAGAAGUUGAAGAAGAACAAAUUGAAAAAGAAGUAGAGCCUAAACGGGCUAGAGGUCCUACAAAAAUGUUAGAUGUAUGGGAAAUGGAAGAUGGUGAUUUAAUAAUCGUUAAUUUGGACAAAUAUGGUCGACCCAUUGGUGAGGAAGGGACAACUCUAACUCGUUUCAUUGGUAGCGUAGCUAGAAGGUAUCAAUAUGCUCCUAUCAACUACAAGUCAUGGAAAGUUAUGCCAAAUGAUUACAAAGAAGAAAUGUUGAAAUUAAUAGAGAGUAAAUUUGAGUUUGUUCCUCCAAUAAAUGACUUAACAAGAGAAAUGUUAAAAUCUGAGCUGAAUGAGAAAUGGAGGCAAUGGAAGGGUGAUCUAAAGUCAAUGGCAUAUGACCCUACUAAAACAGAAGAAGAAGUUGCAUCUCUUGUACCAGAUGAUAGGGUUGACCCAAAUCAAUAUCGUGGUUUGGUUCAUCAUUGGUUUUCUGAUGAAGGACAAAAAAUAAGUAAAAUUAAUAGGCAAAAUCGUGCUAAAUUUGAAGAUGUUCAUUGUAUGGGUUCAAAAAGUCUCCCAAAGUUUAUUGAUGAGAAGAUAAAAAGGGCAAAGGAGUGUUGCCUGGACGUAAAGAGAUUUACAUUGAUACCCGCACUCGUAAAGAUGGAGCAAUUGUCAAUGGAAAGGCUGCAAGAUUGAUUGAAGAACUAAAAAAACAUAAUAAUGAGGCUGGAACUUCUCAAUCAACCCAAGACACACAAGGUUCUAUGUCUUGGAAGGAUGACAUAUUUUAUCAAGUACAAGGACCUGAUAAAAACGGACGUGUGCGAUGUAUGGGCAAGAUUCCUCAUUCUAAAAAAUCGAAGGUUUGUGCAUCUGAAAAUGAAGAGUUGCGCGAAAGAGUUAAGAAUAUGGAAAACUUGUUAGCAAAUGUGAUGACUUUAAUUCAAAAUCGAUUUUCUGGAGCAGAUGUUAAUGAUAUAAUACAAGCUGCAAGACAGGUUCCUGAUGCUACUAGUGCUCAAAACCAUUUGAAUUCACUUAGUCCAAACAACAACGAAAAUAAU